AUGUCUGUUUUUUUUUAUUUCUUUUUUCUUCUGUUUUUUUCCCUUUUUUGUCUCUUUUUACAUUUUCCUCUAUUUUUUUUAGUUAUUUAUUUUUCUCACUGUCUCUUUUAUUGUUUUUUUCUUUUUUGCUUUUUUCAUUCUAUUUGCCUUUUUAUUUUAUUAUUUUUUUCUUCUUUGCCUUCUCUUUCUUCUCUGUUUUUCCAUUAUUUUUCUUCUUUGUAUCUUUUCUUUUCUUCUUUGCCUUUCCAUUCUUUUUCUAUUUUUCCUUCUCUUUCUUUGCCUUCUCUUUCUUUUUCUUCUUUGUCUUCUCUUUCUUUUGCUUCUUUGUGUCUUCUUUCCCUUCUUUUUUCAUUUUGUCACUUUCCAAAUUUCUUUUGUUGUUUUUUCUUUCUUUCUCUCAUUUCUUUAAUAUCUUUCUCCUAUUCUUCUUUCUACUUUGUUUUUGUUAUUUUCUUCAUUAAUCUUUUAUUUCUUUCUAUCCUGCAUCAUUAUUUUCUAUGUAGUUUUUUUUUCUGUUCUACACACUUCUCUUUGGCUUUCUUUUUGACUUUUAUUUCAUCUUUUUCUUUUUCAUUUCUUCCUUUACUUUUGUAUUUUUUUAUUUUUUUCUCCUCAUUUCCUUCACUUCUCUUUUCUUAUUCUUUUUCCAUUUCCUUUUUUCUUUUACUUUUCCAUUUCUUUUUCUGUUCUUUUCCUUUUCUUUUUCUGUUCAUUUCCUUUUCUUUUCUUUAUCUUUCUUUUAUCUCCUUUCCUUUUCCCUUCCUUUUAAUAUUUUCUUUAUCUUUCCUUUUCUUCUUCUUCUUUCUUUUUUCCUUCCUUUCCUUCUUCUUUCUCUUUUCCUUUUCUUUUUGUUUCUUUUCCUUUCCUUUCUCUUUACGUUUCUCUUUUCCUUUGUCUUUUCCUUUUCUUUUUAUUUUCCUUUCUCUUUUCCUUUUCUUUCCCAUUUUUUCUUUUCUUUCUCUUUUCCAUCAUCUUACUCUAUUUGUUAAUUUCUUUAUUGCUCUCAUUUUUUUUCUUUUUCUCGUCUUAUUUUCCAGCUUUUCAUUCAUUCAACUUUUUACCUUCUCAUUCAUCUUUGUUCAUUCAUAUCUCUUUCUCCUGCUUUUCUCUUUUUUCUGUCUCAUUUGUUUUAAUUUUUCUUCUCCCAUUAUUUACUCAUUUUUCCCUUCUAUUUUUGUCUCCUUUCUUUUCCUCUCUUUCUUUUAUUCCUUCUUCUCUCCCCUGUCUUGUUCUUAUUCUCAUCCAUUUUCUUUCUUCCAUAUUUUUUCUUUAUCUUUUCUCUUCACUUUUCCCUAUCUUGAUCCUUUCUCUUCAAUUCCUUUUCAUCCCCUGCUUUUUGCCUUGUUUUCACUCUUGUGCCAUUAUUUUUCCCUUAAGUUUACUUUUACAUGGAUAUAA